AGCACUGGGACUCAGAAAGAUUCGAAAAUGUACGUCAGCGAACUGCCUCCAAUCUUUCACUUCGGCAUCCGUUUGGAGCCUUUGCCAUGGUGAUCUUCUAAAGAGUAUCCACUCUGCUUCCUCUUUCAUCCAUUCCGAACCACAUUGCACUUACAGUACCGGUAUAGCUGGGAUAUUGGACAUGAACCGUUUCGCAGCAGCAGUAGUCUUCGCCUUGCUGGCACAGGAUCAAGUCGCCGCUUUUCGUGCGGCGGCAAGGCUUUCUUCCAGAGGGAAAUUUGGAAUCAGUCGCGACAAUUCGCCAGUCUCUUUUACCCGGCCCACCGUAUUGGCCGCUGUCCGAAAGACCCUUGUGUUGGAGCGAGAAGCAGAUGUGGCAUCUUAUGAUCCUUUGAAUCUCGCCUCUCAGCACAAUGGACAGUUGACCAAGAGAGAUCUCCAAGAUGACGACGACGAGGCCUCCACGCAGCGUUGUCGGCCAAGCGAAGCCAAACCCAUGAGUCCGUGGGCAGCCGCGUCUUCAGCCGCUCUAGUUCCAUUUCUCUUGGGAACUGCCGAAAAGGCCAAUGCCGUCGAGUCCAUCAUUUCCAAGGAUAUUAUGAAUCCCAACAACUUUAGUCCGGUUUGUCCUGCCAGUGAUGGCUUCUAUCGCCUAUUGCAAACUUCCGUGGAAGCCAUUGUGGGACGAGAAAAGUUUAUCGAAUACGGACCCUUGAUUGCUGGUGGAUUGUUGCGAGUGCGACUGGAACUUUGCGUGGUGGAAUCUUUCUUUAAUGAAGCCGUGGGACCCUUUAUCCAAGAGAAUGGAGUUUCCUGGAUCUUGCCGCUCCACGAAACGGUAGAAACCUUCUUGGCCGGAUCCAUCUUUGCUCUGGCAACGACAUUCAUUCUGGUUGGUUCCACCAAACUUUUGACUGUCAUCAUUACCUACUUUGAUCUCUUGGUGGGUUAUCCAUCCCGAACAUUUGGAGGAUUCUUCUACGAUAGAGCACUUGGACGGCCUGUGACACUGGAUAUUGGUUUCGGACCGUUCAAGACAAGACUGCUGGGUCCAACCGAUGAAGUAUUGGAAGCCCAGAAAGAAGAAGAGCUGGUAGACUUGUCCAGCCCCCUCACGUUGCUUAUUGUGCUGACGAGUGGAACUGUCCGUCUCGUUGGAAAAACAGCAUUGUUCUUGAGGGAAUUCCUCGAGGCCUUUGACUUGUUCGUUGGUCGCUAUCUUGUUCUCGUUGCAUCCUUCUACAUUGGUGUCAAGUUCGUUCAUUUCAAGGUCUUCCCCGAUUUCCCUUAAACCUACUGCACUGUUAAACCGACAACAAACACAAUACUACAGUAGCAUCCCAAAAACCACGUAGCUAAAGCUAGCAAGCAUAUUACCUCCC